GGCUCCACCUGCAGCCGGGCCGCGAGCGGGAGCCGAGCUCGGCCGCGCUGCCGGCACGGACGGGGGACGGAAGGAGGGAGGGCUGCGGGAAUGCCGCUCGCCGUUGCUUCAAGGUGCCCUACUUGGGCUGGCAGCCGAGUGCCGUGGGGUGGUGUCAUUGGAGCCCCGGGGUCACGCGUUGCGUGCUUGGUUCGGAAAGGUCGUAUAGGUGCUUGCGAGUGCCUGUUGCUCCAAAGACACCCGGUUUUCCCUUCGGUUAUCUAUCCAGGGAACAGCAGGUCAUUACUCCUGCUGCAGCUUUUUUCUCCCAAGUCCCAACUGCAAGGAGCCUGUAUGGCGUUUCUGUGUUAAAGCACAAACUGUACAUUACUGCGUUGCAGGCGGGCCCUGUGCCCCACCUGUGAAUGCCUGGUUGAUGCACAAGGGGCUUUCUCUGUUCCAAGAACUUGCCAGGAAAAGCAGACGUGUGGGUUGGUUUCAGGCACUUGUGAAUACUUUGUUAGGGAAAAGGACAGAACGUCUGCUUGUUCAGACUCUGUCACAGAGGACCAAAACCAUCAUGCCGUUGCAUGAGUUGGUGGUGGCCUGGUAUGCUUAGUACUGUGUGCUGUUCUGGUUAUCACUCAUCCAGAAGGGUUUAAUGGACCUCAGUGAGGCCAAGGGUAAGGUCUAAGGAUUCAGACACUCUUUAGUGAGGUACUGAAUAGCUUCCAUAUGUGUAGGAGUAACUGAAUAGACCUGAAAGAGGAUUCAGGUGGAGAGUGAAACAGUAAGGGGAAGUUAUGAGGAGAAAUGCAUAAAAUUAUCUAAUCAGAAAGCAAAUUAAGAACAAAAGGAAGUACUUUCCCACAAAUAAUGAAACUCAUUGCUUCAGGAUGUUAUGAAGACAAUAUAAUUGGGUUCAAAAAGGAUUUAUUCAAAUGUAUGGAAAAAAGAUUCAUUAUUAUUGCUUGGAUUCUGCUUCCAUCUCCUCAGGAAAUCCCAAAACAGCUGAUUGGUUUCCAGAGCUUGCAGAAUAAAAGAUCAUUCUACAGAAGUACUUUCUUUGUGUGCACCAUUCUAAACAUCAAAGCUAGCUACUUCACGAUCAUUUUGUAUUUCAAAAAGCUUUUUUUGCUUCCUUCAAAAGCAGAAACAAAAAACCCCAGGCUAGUGGUAAAACAUAGUCUGACAGUAUUAAACCAGUGUAAAUACAAUAGUUUCGAAUUGUACUCAGUAACAUUUGCACUGGUGGUGUCCAAGACAGAUACUUUGGAUGGAGUGAGACCUUGAGGCUAAAUGACUUCAGCACAAGAAUAGUGAUUGCAAGAAUAAUAUAAUUACAACCGGUACAUCGGCUUUGAAUAAGCAGCUGAACGAUACAUUGUGGCCUUUAGGUACAUAAAUCACAUAAUUUAUCCCUUGAAUAGGAGUUACCAUAACUCUGGUAUUGGAAUGCUAGGUAACAUGUGUGAUUUUUGUUUUUACUAGUUCAGAAGUAUUUAAGAAUUAACUUUCAUUUGUGGAAGCUGUGCCUAAUUUAGUUCAAUUGUUUAUUUUUUUUGAUGAAUAAAAAAGCAACAAAUCACUAAUUCUAUAACCCGCUAUUACAAACUGCUACAAAUGGGUAAAGGCUGUGAUGUUGCCAAGAAUAGCAGCUAUUGUCUUGCUGUAUUGCACAUGAAGUUUGUGGUUUAUUUGCAAUUUGUGAAUUAUUUUGAAGAUGGGCAAGGUCUGUGCCAUUUUUGGAGGAUCCCGUGGAAUAGGCAAAGCUGUGGCAGAGCUCCUGGCACAGAAGGGCUGCCGCCUGGCCAUCAUUGCUAGAAAUCUGGAUGUGGCCCAGACCACUGCACGGAAUCUUGGUGCAGGACAUCUGGCACUUAGCUGUGACGUGUCCAGUGAACAAGAAGUCCAAAAGACUUUUGAGGAGAUGCAGAGGAAUUUGGGUCCUAUUAACUACUUGGUUAAUGCAGCUGGGAUCAACAGGGAUGGUUUGUUACUGAGAACCAAGACUGAAGAUAUGAUAGCCCAGAUUCACACCAACCUUUUGGGAACGAUGUUGACUUGCAAAGCUGCUGUAAAGGCCAUGAUUCAACAACAGGGAGGUGCUAUUGUCAAUAUAGGGAGUAUUGUAGGACUUAAAGGCAACUCUGGUCAAAGUGUGUAUAGUGCUACCAAAGCAGGAUUAGUUGGAUUUUCACGCUCUCUUGCUAAAGAAGUAGCAAAAAAGCAAAUUCGAGUCAACGUUGUUGCUCCAGGCUUUAUUCACACAGAGAUGACAGCUCAUUUGGAAGAAGAUCAGUUGAAGAAAGCAAUUCUCCUUGGAAGAUUUGGAGAGCCUCAUGAAGUUGCACAAGCUGUUGUCUUUCUUCUAGAAUCUCCAUAUGUUACAGGGAGUGUUCUGGUUGUAGAUGGAGGCUUGCAGCUUAUGACCUAAGUACUACCUUGAAUAAAUGACUGCUUUAAUGUCAUGUUGGUAACAUAGAAAUAUAUACUAAAUGAAGGGAGAGGGUUGGAAAAUGUUUAAAGACUGAUGUACAUAAUUGACUUAGUCUUAUUUGGUCAGAGGAGAAAUUCAGCAGCAGUGAAGUGCAAUGUGUAUGUUUAGCUGCCUGAAAGAGUCUGUUUGGUAUUACAAAGUCUGUGCAUGAAACAAUUUGAAAAAGAUCUGGUUUUGAUAUGGUGAUAGCUUUAAUAAUGUGCUGAUACGUUUUUAAAGCACUGUAUUUUUAUAAAGUCUUGUUUUCUAAUUUGGGGUAGAGUGAGAUUUUAUUUGAAUUAUCAUGUUACACCAAGGUUAAUAAAGUGCAGAGACAUGUUUAA